UUUUAUACAGAACAACUGCAAAAGGUAAAACAUCCUGAUGUUUAUCUUGUAGAAAAGAUAUUGGAAAAAAAGGAGACAAUAUCAAGGUCAGAUGGUUAGGAUUCGAUAAGCAACAUGACAGCUUGGUACAUAAAAAGAAUAUUGUCUAAUAAACAAUCUCAAUUCAUGUUCAGUCUUCUUGUGCAGCGUUUGCAUUCGACAGUCCACAAAAAAAAAAAAAUGAUCAUUAUUGACGUUCAAGGGUUUACUUGUGGCUCCAACUUUAUUUGCAAAGAAAUUGCUAUCAUUAAUACAGCAACGGGAUAUUGGCAACAAAAAUUAGUUAAUCUACCCGUAGAAUUUACAAUGCUCAACAAGAGCACACAGUCACAGAUCAACUGGACUGUAGACAAUUUACAUGGAAUUCCUUGGGAUUUAUCUCUUUCUGAAGAGUCAUGUCUUGAUUAUAAACAGUUGGCAUCGUUCAUCAAAGAACAUGUUCAAGGUCAACCAAUAUUUGAGAAAAGAAACAGUGGUUGGAAAGAUUCAUCACUAAUCCCAUCACCGAUCUACAUGAAAUAGGAUGGCCAAAUCUUGGCAAGCUGAAGGAAAUGUUCCA